CUGAUGAGAGUAGGAGGAGAUAAAACGAAAAAGAAUAAAAAGCUCAUACUAGUUUAAUUUCAACUACAAUCUCAUCACCUACAGUGCUCGAGGAUCUCCGAUCAAGCUGUUCUUUUCUUCCAUUUUUGCUGCUGCUGCUGAAAUCUCAAAAAUUGAAGUAGCGGAGUUUAAAAUGCGCGAGCUCUGCUUGGAAGCCUCUCUCAAUUACUUGCAGGUCAGUUGGCUACAAGAUCCGUCAAGAACAUCUCUGAACGUUGAUAGUCUCUAGGGUGGGUUGAGUCAAUUGAAUUGAUUUUGGAGGAUCGGCGUUGAUUUGAUGUGUUUUUUAUUCCAAGUAUAUGCUUACAAUUGAAAGGAAGAUAGAUUGUUGGCUGGGAUGGGGCGUAGAAGCAGAGAGUACUGCAAGAGUAGCAAUUAUUAGCUUCUGCUGCUGAACUAGUAGUAGUAGUCAUCAGACACUGCCAUGGCAUCUGCUGGCAGUUCCAGGUCUGCGAAUGGCUUCAAGAGUUCGUCGUCUAGUUCGGUUGACUGGCUUGGUAGGGAGAUGCUUGAGAUGCGAUUGAAGGACAAGUCGGAUCAUCAUCACGAUGAGGAUAGGGAUAGUGAACCUGAUAUAAUCGAUGGUGCCGGUGCUGAAACAGGACAUGUAAUACGCACAACUGUUGGUGGUCGAGGUGGUCAAUCUAGACAGACAGUGAGUUAUAUUUCAGAACAUGUGGUUGGAACUGGCUCUUUUGGGGUUGUUUUCCAGGCGAAAUGUAGAGAAACUGGAGAGAUUGUUGCUAUCAAGAAGGUUCUCCAAGACAAGCGUUACAAGAACCGGGAGUUACAGAUUAUGCAAAUGUUGGAUCACCCAAACAUUGUUUCCCUAAAACAUUGCUUCUUUUCAACUACAGACAAAGAAGAGGUUUACUUGAAUCUCGUACUUGAAUUUGUUCCUGAAACUGUUUACCGUAUCGCAAGGAACUAUAGCAGGAUCAACCAGCGGAUGCCUUUAAUAUAUGUUAAACUUUAUACCUACCAGAUCUGUCGGGCACUUGCUUAUAUACAUAAUGGCAUUGGCAUCUGUCACCGUGACAUCAAGCCUCAAAAUUUACUUGUAAAUCCACACACACAUCAGCUGAAACUUUGUGAUUUUGGGAGUGCAAAAGUCUUGGUAAAAGGAGAACCCAAUGUGUCUUAUAUCUGCUCAAGAUACUAUCGUGCUCCAGAAUUGAUAUUUGGUGCCACUGAGUACACAAGUGCUAUUGAUAUUUGGUCUACAGGUUGUGUGAUGGCUGAAUUGCUUCUUGGACAGCCCCUGUUUCCUGGUGAAAGUGGAGUUGACCAACUAGUUGAGAUCAUUAAGGUUUUGGGAACUCCAACAAGGGAGGAGAUAAAGUGCAUGAAUCCAAACUAUACUGAAUUUAAGUUCCCACAGAUAAAGCCUCAUCCAUGGCACAAGGUGUUUCAAAAACGCUUGCCCCCAGAAGCAGUAGAUCUUGUUUGUAGGUUUUUUCAGUAUUCGCCCAAUUUGCGAUGCACUGCUUUGGAAGCUUGCAUUCACCCUUUCUUUGAUGAAUUGAGAGACCCAAAUACCCGCCUUCCUAAUGGCCGCCCUCUCCCUCCUCUGUUUAAUUUCAAAACCCAAGAGCUUCAAGGAAUUGCACCUGAUAUUGUCGAUCGACUUAUUCCAGAGCAUGCCCGUAAGCAGAACUUAUUUAUGGCUUUGCAUACCUAGCGGCUUCUAUGAGUGUAUUUUCUCAGCUUUACCAUCCCACAGUUCCCAGUGCAAUAUGGUCUUGUAGCAUUCAUAUGUAAAAUGGUUCUUUUAUAUUUGGUUAUCUCGGUUGAUUGUGAGUAAUAGUGUUCCAAAAGGAGUUCCUAGAAUAAUUUAGUAAACCUGAGGCUUUUAGUUUUCAUGCGGAUGGAGGUGGGUUUUGUAUGCUUAUUCAAGGACCAACAUCUAUUCGUUACAUGUGUUUAUUGCGGCACGUACUGCAAAAUACUCAAGUAAGAUAAGAACUUUGCCAUUAUUAUAUAUACAGAUCCUUUUUUC